AUGCCGCUGCCGGGCAAAGCGGCGGCAGCUGCGGCGGGUCGGGUUCACAUCAAGAAGGUCAUGGCAGCCAUCGAGCGCGUCCGCAAGUGGGAGAAGAAGUGGGUGACGGUGGGAGACACGUCCCUGCGGAUAUUCAAGUGGGUCCCUGUGGCCGAGAACAGCAAAGAGAAAGAGAAGACCAAAGCCACUGGCGGUGCUGCUGCUGCUCGGGAGCCCAACGGCUUUCCAGCCGAGGCAGGGGCCAACUCCUCUCUCCUCCUGGAGUUCCAAGACGAGAACAGCAACCAAAGCUCCUUGUCAGAUGCGUAUCAUUUGAAGGCGGACAGCAGUGCAGCUUCCAGCCCAAGCCCCCAGCAGAGUGAGUCCAUGAGCCCCAGCCAUCCUGCAGAGGACUCGCAGCCACCCACACUGGGACAGGAAGCCUUGGAAGAACCUGCCCUCCCUCCUUCCGAAGUCGCCGACGAGCCACCAACCCUCACCAAGGAGGAGCCGGUCCCGCUUGAGGCUCAGGUGGCUGGAGGGGAGGAGGAUCCUGGUGCCCCUCCACUCAAGAGGUUCUGCCUGGACCAGAAAACCAUGUGCCCCACUGCCUCUGAGAGCUAGCAAGCCUGCUUCCUCCCCUGGGGCGUGGGUUCUUUCAGGGAGUUCAUCUGCUCCCUACUCCCUAAACACCCUCCCUUUUUUUCCGGAAGGGUGGUAGCCUCUAUACCGCCUCUGUGUCUGACCUUGUGCACUGUUGUCUAAGGAUCGCCCUGCUGUUUCCGUGGCUCCUUCAGAUGCCAGCUUUCCCUCCCUCCCUCCCUGCUGCUGCUGCUGAAAUGUGCCCCUCCACCCACCCUCUGCAACAGCCCCCCCCCGGUGCCCCUGAACCUAGCCCACCAUACUCGCCUGUUUUUGCACGUCGGGGGGGGGGCGUUUCCAGCCUCUCAUUUCUUU